CUUGCAUUGAGUCUCCUGGCUCUGGAAACAGCUCUAGCUCAGUCUUCUCCACCAUGGGCUUCAGACUCAGACCUCCAUCCUCCUGCACCAGGGCCAGACCUCUUUCUAACCUGCAGGUGUUGCCGCUGCUGGCUCUGCUCCUGACUGCACUGGUUCCCACUACAGCUGGACGACCUGAUGAUGUGGACCCAUAUAUUGAAUUGCGCUGUAAAUGUCCAAACAUAACCUCUGGAGUCCCACUCAACAGUAUUUCCUUUGUGAAUGUGUUCAGGCCAGGAGUCCACUGUGCCAACGUGGAAGUGAUAGCCACACUGAAAAAUGGGGAUAAAAUAUGCCUGGACCCAAAUGCCCCUGCCAUCAAGAAAGCAGUCAUGAAGAUACUGGAAGGUUAUUGACCAGCCAUCUGUUGACUUUUUGCUGAACCAUUUUGCUGUGCAAGAAAGGCAGGGUUUUUAAAUAUGGAUGUUCUACAAUAAUUUUCUACUUUAAAAUCUGGAUACACUUUCAUUUUGUCUCAGAAAUCAUGUUGUAUUCUGGGAAGGUGUGUUAAAGGGUAGUUCAAAGAAGAUGAAAAUGAGCUAAGAGUUGUAACAUGCAAUUUAUGGUUUAUUUCUGCAAUUCUUGGCUAAACAUUGUGCAGUGUUUUGCAUUUCUUUAGUUGAAGUUUUCUUUCUAAAUGCGUUAUGUCAAGUUUUUUUCUGUAUUUUUUUGAAUUAUUUCUUUUAGUUUUGAGUUUAUAGUUACAUCACUUCCCCUUCCCCUUCCUCCCUCCAAACCCUUCCAUAUUCCCUUCCUUGCUCUUUUUCAUGUCCAUGGCCUCUGUUUGCAUUAACUACUGUUACACACACACACACACACACACACACACACACACACACACACACACACACAUAUUGACAAAUUCCACAUUGGUCAAUGAUAAUAGAAACUUCCUGGAGCCAAGCAGUAGAUACGUGUUCAUUAGAGUUUUUCCAGUUUCUUAGCCCUAGAAUGCCUUGUUUCCAAGCAGC